AUGCCAGACUCUCCUCAAACAGUCUCCCGCUAUUGGAUCGAUCCUGAUGGUGGCUCCCAGGCCAACGCUUUCAAAGCUUACUGUGACAUGGAUACAAAUGCAGGGGGCUGGACAUUAGUAUGGAGCUAUUCCUUUACUAACUACACUCAUUUUAACGAUCAUUCAAAUGCAAUCACUCCUAGGCCAAAUUGGCCGGCCAAAAAUGAAGUGAAUGUUCCUAUCUCUACAAUUUCUCCAUUAAAUGAAACAGACUACAACGCCAUGAACUUCUCACUCUGGAAAACACUCGGUAGACAGGUCCUCAUCAAGAGCAACAUAAACAACUGGCUGUUGUGUCAACCGGUAACUGGCAGCCUGGUUGAUUGGCAGAAAGGUGACGUCAACUGUACUAUCACAAAAUACGUGGCUGACCCUGGAGAAUCAGCUUCGGCGCCUUCCAAGUUUUCACCAAAAAUCGACCAUGGACCAAUGUUCCAUUCGAGUGGGCGCUGGGACAGCAACUUUUAUUAUUUUAAUGGUUACACGGGCAAAUAUUGGCCUACCCAUGAUCCUUGUGGAAGAAAUGGGCCCAACCAAAAGAAAAAUGUUCUUGAUCCACACGGCAACAUUUUUAUUCGAGCCGAGUAGCAAAGACAGACAAUGACAAACCUUUACACACGUAUCUUCUAGAGUUGGUUAACUUAUCUGCACAAAAUCAUUACAUUACCUUGAAAACGUGUGACGAGAAUCAUCAUCAGGACUUUGAGGGUAUUAAACUGAUAGAACUCUAAAUUCUUCUAUCGUAAUUACUGAGAAAACCCCAUUAGAAGGGAGAAUUUCGGAUCAGAUCUUGGAGGCUGAAGGUUCAAGCUUGUAUCACUCUCGUAAGAUGACAACAGGCAAAGCACCAGUUACACUCAUCAUGAGAGAUCGGGGGAUUAUCUUUCAGAAUGUUUUUUUUCCAAUGGAAUUUUAGGUAAUUCAAAUCACUUCGCGAAACUUUGACUUGAUUAGGUGCUAGUUUCUUCUUUAUUGUUGUACAAAUUUAAGCUCUCAAUGUUUUUAAUCAUGACUACUUUUACCGCUGAUGUUUACAAAACUCGUACCAACCACUAAACCAGAUAGUGCAAUCAGCUAGAGCAAUUUUUAGAAUAAAAUGAGUAAAUAAGAUUCACAUGGGGAAGCCUGGAUCAAUUACCCCUUGAAGUAAUUGUCGCCACGGUUUUUUUUCAUAUUUUCAUGGAAAGGCCAGGAGUAAUGAGUAAUGAGUAACGAGUUGAGUAAUGAGCAUUAAUCAAUAGUAAAAACAUAUAACGAAGUUUGAAAAUGGUGUUCUGCGUGGAAACUUAGUUUGCCUUUUAGGCUAACUACUUUCGAAAUGCUAAUAAAAACAACUUGUAUUUCAUGUUAAGACCAUAGUGUUUGCUAUUACUUAUUCUGCAUUUAUAAACCGUAAUUGAUAUAUUUCAGGAGCUUUUCAAUUCCACUUUGAGUUUUUUCAGCCACCUGACCAAAUAAAUUCUCGUUAGAUUUCUUAAUUACGGAUAUUUUUGCCUUUUAUGAUUGUUUUCUUCGACUCAUUCGAUAAAAAAGGCAAAUUAAAGCUGAUCUUUAUUUCAAGGUUUUGAAUCACGCGUUCUGAACUUCUGAACACUCAGUCUUAUUCCCAAAAUCUCACGCACCCAUACUUUCUCCGAUCCCCGAGAGAAUGAUAAGUAUUAAUAAAUAAAACAGACCAUAAAAUCAUUUUAGGUUGUACUCAAAUGAAUUGCGUUUAUUUUUGUUUGGCAAAAACUCGAUAAAAUCACAAGGAGUAAAGAUCUGCUCCCAAUGUCACUUUUCCCAUCGACGAUGGCUUUAAAAUUUGUGAGUGACUUCUUUUCAAAGUCAUGUAAUGUAUUAAGUAACAAUCCAACAGGGUCCUCCUACUUUCCUUGUUCUUCGGUAUGAUAUUAUAUCAUUUUAAUUUCCUUUCUUGCAGAUCUUUGCUUGGGACAUGUUUGCUCUCAUAUGGGCUUUUUCGGUUUCACCAAAGAUAUCUGCAGAAGAAGAUCAGGGCAUGUUCUUUCGCAUAUAAGAAAACGUUUUUCUUGAUGAUGAAAAUGUUCUUCAAAGUGAAAAAAGCUGACUCUAUAUUGACCUGUGCUCGAAUGUGUAGGAGAGAAGCUGCUUGUAAAGAAGCAAAUUUUAAUCGAAAGUGAAUACCUACUCUUUUUUUAAAAUAAAUGUACAAAUUUAAGUGUAGCUUGCAAACUAUAAAUAUGAGUGAAAGUUCCUUACUCACGCGAAAGGCUGCCUGUUUUUGGGUCACUUAAUAAGUUGCCUUUCAAGGAGUCUCUAGUCCACAAGGUAUGUGAAUUUUUUUACAGCAAAUUUGUCGUCGCACAAAGCUCAGUUCACGGUGGCUCACACUGAAUUUCGUCAUUUUUAAGUCACCAACUCCUCAAAUGAAUGACACUGCCACACCUUUUGGCGUGGUCGGUAGAAUGUGUUUUCAAAAAAUACCUAUUCCGUCUCUAAAUGUCACAUUUAACACAACAGCCAUACAAAAGCAACUUUUUUUUAGGUUUAUGUGCCUGUAACUUAAAGCAAAGGUUGAUAACCAUAUUGUUUGAUCAUAGGAAAGAACACGCCAGCACCCCGUGGAUUAACCCAGCAUUCAACAGUCACAUCGUGCAAGACUCUCCUCGACCAAUCUCUCCCUCCCUCCACAGGUAUUUAUUGGAUUAAUCCUGAAGGUGUGUCUCAGUCCAACGCUUUCAAGGUUUAUUGUGACAUGGAAGACCAGUGGGGGGGUUGGACUCUCGUAUUGAGUUAUUCCUUUACUAAUUACAGCCACUUUCGUGAUUGUUAAUGCGAUCACUCCAAGAACAAAUUGGCCUGUUUGGUUUGAUAGGUAUAGGCAUGUUCCUGUCUCCACAACUCCUUCAUUAAAUGAAACAGAAUACAACGCCGUGAACUUCUCACUCUGGAAAAACCUCGGCAGACAGAUCUCAUCAAGAGCAACACAAACAACUGGCUGGUGUGUGAUCCGGAAAAUGGCAGGAUGGUAGAUUGGCAGGAUGGUGACAUCAACUGUAUGAUCAUUAAACACGUGACUAACACGUGCAAAGAGACACCAGCACCUUCAUUUUUGGCAGUAGAUUAGGCUUUGGACCGAUAUUCUUUACCCACAGCUGUAAUUAUAAUUUCGAUACUCUUACAGAGUAUGACUGGCCUGUCCGUGAUCCAUGUGGAAAAGGUGAGCUUGACCAGUUGAACGGCGUCGCUGAGCCUCGUGGGAACAUUUUCAUCCAUUAAUUGAUGAACAUUAAUUGUUCACCGAUGUGUAAUUUUUCCUGUCAGUGGUGAACGAGAUCUCUGAAUAAACUCACGAAAGAUUUUGCGCGUUCUCAGAGUCAAAUAGUUCUUUAACGAAGUUCAGAACCCGUCAUCGAAAAUACAGCUUUUAAAGUCUUUAAAGUGGCCAAUUUACGCCAGUUAUCAACUCAGUUGAUAGAGCCAAAUUACCCUGUUAUACUCUCUCUCCGACGCAGCACCACAAACUUACCCCCUUCAUUCAUUUUUUUAACCCUCUUCCAAAGUCCUUUUUGACCUUUCGACUAUAAAGUUGUUGGUUUAGUACUUAUCUUUAUCAUUAUAGAACAAAACGCUUCUCCGCUCCCAGGUCCUAACCGGCAUUCAGCCGUAACCUCGUGCCAGACUCUCCUCAAACAAUAUCCCGCUACGUGUGUUUAAUGGAUCGACCCCCAUAAUGGAUCCCAGGUCAACACUUUCAAGGCUUACUGUGACACGAAUACUUAUGGAGGGGGCUGGACACUCGUAUGGAGCUAUUCCUUUACUAACUACGCUCAUUUAAAUGAUGGUUCAAAUGCCAUCACUCCGAGGCCAAAUUGGCCGGCCAAGAAUGAAGUUAAUGCUCCUAUCUUCAUAACCCCUCCGUUAAAUGAAACAGACAACGACGCCAUGAACUUCUCACACUGGAAACAACUCGGCAGACAGGUCCUAAUCAAGAGCAACAUCAACAACUGGCUGGUGUGUCAUCCAGGACCUGGCAGCUUGGUUUUUGGUGGGAAGGUGACAUCAACUGUUCGAUCAUCAAACACGUGA